AAUUUAGGCCGCCAGACAAUGUUAAAGUCAACCCAAAACGGCUAUGAUAACAGAGACCAGCUGCCGGCGCUUCUGAAUUGAUUGACAAAAAGUUUCAACAGAAAUUGUAAUGACGCUGGAAUUGGUUUGCAGAGUAGCGAGAAAACCAGGCAUAACACUAGUUUUAAUGGCAUGUGGGACGCUCGUAUAUUACCACUGUGCUAUUCUUCAGACCACCCUCGUUUCCCUCAUCUGUGAUGUCCUGCUUGUCAUUCUCUGCUCCUUUGCAGUCUUAGGAUUGAUGUUCCGCCAUCUGACUGUAUCGGUUCCGGUGGACCCUCUGGAGUGGCAGGUUUCGCAAGAAACCGCUAGCGGUGUUGCGGAAUUCAUGGCAAAUACUAUCGGAGCUGCAGCAUCUGUUCUCCGAGUGGCUGCUAGUGGCCGUGAUAAUAAGCUCUUUUUCAAGGCAGUUCUUGUUCUGUAUGUUCUAUCUGCUGUGGGAAGAGCAAUGUCAGGUGCUACAGUUACAUAUGCAGCAUUGUGUCUUGCCUCAAUGACAUUCUUUGUCUCAAAGUUGUUAGCUGAUGUGAGCUAUCUGCUUCCUUUUAUCAAUAGAAGAAGUGCUCAUAACACUAGUAGAGAACAAGAAAGUUGAAUUUUAUUUUAAGUAGUGGCAGGCACUUGAAAGUUGUUGAUUGUUGUGAAUUGUCUACCUCCUUUUAUCAAUACGAGUGAUGCUACUAAUAGGGCUGAAAGACAGGAAAUUUGAUUUUUGUUUGAAGUAAUGGCAGCAAAAAUUAGUUGCCUUUAACGGUGAAGGUGUAUCAUGGAGUGAGAUUAAAUUUUUCCCUGAAAAGGUGUUUCUUGGAGUCAUUCAGUUUACUAACAAUUUAUAAUUUUUUAUUGUUUUAUGCAGAAAAAUGUAAACCAUUGUCUGUAUAUACUCUUUUUUCGUUAUAAAAUAUAAAUAGUUUUGAAUU